UAAUUGAUACUCCAUUUUUCAGAACCCUAAGUCCUGAUACUCCAUUUUACCAGAACUCUAAAAACUUAUACUCCGUUUUAUCAGAUCUCAAAAAACUGAUACUCCGAUUUAUCAGAAAUCCCAAAACUGAUACUCCGUUUUAUCAAAACCCUAAUAAAUACCGACACUCCAUUUUAAUUUAAUCUAUUUAUCUUCUUUUUUCUUCUUUUUUUCAGAGUGUUGGUGCGUGAAUCGAGUUCGGGCGGGCUAGUGCGGGCGGUGUUGGAGAUCAGGGCGGUGACGGCGGCCGACGCGGGAGAAUACACGUGUCGGGCGACCAACCCCCACGGACACCACGCCCAGAUGUAUGAAAUAGCCAUCAUAGAACCUCCUACGGCGCCCUCGGGAGUGUCGGUGACGGACGUGACAAGCCGCUCAGCAAGGAUAUCCUGGUCUCUGCCUCAGCCAGCUGCCGUCACCAUACAGUAUCGAGCCGCGGAGGAGGAAUCGUGGGCGGUGCAUGGGCGCAACGUGAGCGUGGGCCAGUGGGCGUCUUCGCAUGUCCUCUCCGGCCUCACGCCCUACCAGGCCUAUGCCGUCAGGUUGAUGGCGCACAACGAUCUGGGGGUGUCGCAGCCGUCACACAUGCACGUCUUCACCACGCUGGAGGAAGCUCCGUCGGGGGCACCGCGAGACGUGAGGUUGGCUGCAGGAGGACCUCGAUCCUUGAUAGUGACCUGGCGCCCCCCGUCGCCCAACCUCCUGCACGGCACCCUCAGAGGCUACACCAUCGCCAUCCGCCGCCAGAACCUGCAAGGCCACCUCACCUUCAUCACCAGGCCGGCCUCGGUGCCGAAAGACGCCGACGGCUUCGAGCAGUACCAGGUGCGGGGGCUGAUCCCGGCCACCCUGUACGAGGUCGCCGUGCGGGCCUUCACGCGCGCGGGUCCGGGGCCGCUGUCCACGCCCAGGAUCGUGGAUUCUACGAGCCAUGACGCGCCCUCCUGUCCUCCUGCUGGAGUGUCAUGCCGAGGGUCAGGGCGUGGAGUGGUGAGGGUGUGGUGGUCGCAGCCGCCCACGCACUGCAGCCAGACUCCUGUUGCUGGCUAUACGAUCGUCGCGACGCCCACCACGCACACGCACCACCCUUCAGACAGCACAAAAUGGGAAGUCAACACAACCAACCUGGAAAAGAACCUAGACUCGCUCCCGCCAGCCACUAACAUCAGCGUGCGAGUCAAGGCCUUCAAUAACGUUGGCUAUAGUCCCUCCAACAAACCCGUUUUCUGCGUCACGGAGGAUGAUAUACCAGGCGCCCCUGGAAAGGUGCAGGUGACGGUGACUGGCCCGAGGAAGGUGCUGGUAACAUGGGUUCCGCCUCAGCCUCCUACAGGGAAUAUCCUUCAUUAUACGGUAUACUCCGUCAAGGACGACCAGGUGAGGGAUCGUGACGUCGUGGGCGCAGCUGGCUCGGAGUCCACGUGGAGGGAGCUCAGGGACCUUGCUCCUUCCUCUAGAAUCGAGGUGUGGGUGACAGCCACCACGGCCGCCGGUGAAGGUAACCCGUCACCUCGACUCACAGCUUUGCUCAAGCCCACAGCGACACACGCACCCGUAGCUCUGGGAGGCGGACGGACCUGGCGUGUGGGCGCAGGGGCUGGCGUUACCCUAGGCUGCCGUGGGCGUGGAAAGCCCGCGCCCUCCAUCGUGUGGUCGCGAGGAGGCCAGACCAUCACCUCCGGCCAGUUCACGCAACUGCUGCCUGGCGGGGACCUGCAUUUGACGGGUGUACGAGAGACAGCCAACUACACCUGCAAAGUGAGCAACACGAUGGGCGUGGACAGCCUCACGCAUCACGUCAUCGUCGUCACGAUGCCCCCGCCGCCCACUCUCUCCCUCGCUUACGCCACCCACGAUGCCCUGAACCUGACCAUCGUGCCCACGGGAGACGGCGGAGCGCCCAUCCUAGGUUACACCGUGCACCACCGUGGGCGUGCGGGCGAGUGGGUGGAAACGGAGGUGGACCCGGGCGUGGAGAGCGCGGCGGUGCGCGGCCUUCCCUGCGGGGCGCCGCACCACCUGUACCUGACGGCGUGGAACAGCCACGGCACCAGCCCGCCCAGCCCCGUGCUGGAGGUCAGCACGCACGGCGCUCCUCCCGGGCGACCUAACCCGGCGAAGAUCGUGGAGGUGAAUGCGACCUGUGUCACCCUCCGUCUGUACGCCUGGCCCGAGUCCGGCUGCCCCGUCACGCACUGGAAGGUUGAGCAAGGGAGCGAAGACCCCGCCGUUUUAUGGACGCCCUUACACGCCCACGUGACCAGAGACAUGACUGACCUUGGCUUGUGUGACCUGACCUCUGCGUCGAGGCAUCUCCUUCGCCUCACGGCCUCUUCCACUGCCGGAGACACGACCGUGGUUUAUCGCGUCACCACGAGAGAUCACACAGGAGGGUCCAUCGCAGCCGAGUCGGUGCAGGAGGUGCAAGUGAGCGGGCCUCCGGGCGUGGGCGGCUGGCUCGACGCCCACGUGGUCGCGGGGGUAGUGAGCGCCCUCUUGUUGGCCGCCGCCCUCAUCAUCUGCGUCUGCGUCGCCGUCAGGAGAAGGAGGUAUGGAGGUUACAGCAGGCAGGGCGAAAGCCUAGACAACAAGGGCGGCGGUGAGGACGACAACGCCCGCAACUCGGAGCUCACCCGCGCCCACCUCUACUCCCCGACGCCCACCAAGAAGCCGCGGGGCUCCUUGGCUUCCCUCAAGACGCAGGACGACGCCUCCGACCCGUACGAGAUCUGCCCCUACGCCACCUUCAGCGUGGGCAGUUCGGAAGGUACCUUAGAGUACGGUCUCUCCCUGCACGCUCUGACCCCCCGCGACUGCCUUGACCUCCCUGCCGCCCACAGUGACCGCCACCCGCACGAGGCUCCAGGAUACGCCCACCCACCCAGACAGCGAGCGCAGUCACACUACAAGGAAACAGCAGAGCUCGCUUACAUCAGCAACAGGAGUCGUGGAGAGUACAUAACCCGCCCGAAAUCUAUCCCUGGUAGUCAGCCCACACCUGCGCCUACCCCUGCGCCUACGCCCACGCCCAUCCCCAACACUGGAGCCACAGAGACGAGGGCGUGGGCCGAGGACCCCAGAAAGGACACCCGAAGUCGCCCGCAUCGCUCCAGGAGUCGCAACAGAGCCGACUCCGUCCGUCGCGACUCGAGCACGGAGAGCAACGACGCCUCCUCGCCCGUGCAGCAGCGCCACUACCAGCAGCCGCAGCACCACCACCACCCGCUCCCGCAGCCGCAGCCGCAGCACCAGGGGCAGGGGCAGCAGCCGCAGCCGCAGCAGGCACCGCAAGGGACGGGACCGACUGGACCGAUCGUGCGCGUGGGGCCGCACCCGCUGCCACCUGUUCGGCAUGCCAGAGCGCGCACCGAGUCCUCCUCGAGUGAGAGCUCCCCCUUGACCCCCCCGCGGCCCCUCCAUCCACCCUCGGCCUUCUCGGACUCGAGGGAGCUUUCCGAGGCCGAGUGUGACCGGGAGAUAUUCCAGAGCGACGGAGGCAGCGGCGGGGGCUCGAGGCCGAGGCGGCAGAGCGAAGGCGAAGACAUCAAGGCGGAGCUGACUGUGCUCCUUCAGCGGUACAAGCAGCAGCAGGAGGUGCAGCAGCAGCAGCUACAGCAGGCCAAGACCUCAAGAGGAGCAGAUAAAAACCCUUACACCAUCAACGUGUAGCGGCUCCUCUUGCUGAAUGGUCUCGCUUCUACUUUUGAUCGGAGACAUCGAGAGGGAAAUUCUAUAUUUUUGCAACCAGUAGCGACUAUAGCUGAGACUGAGUGUCGGUGCACGUCUGCAUAUUUGAUCUUUGCUAAUGAGUGUCAGCCGCUCCCCUUACAACAUGUCCUUCGCCCUGAAAGUACCCAGACCCACAUCCCCUUCCCGGCGAGCGUCCCUCAAGUCAUCCUGUCAUCACAAUGCCCCUCUUCAUUCAUUCAAACUCACCUUCUGGGAGAACUCGCUCAUGUUUCUGAAUUCGAUGGACACACCGUCAGAAAUACACGAACCUUUCUUUCAUCAUCAAUACUACGAUAAAAAAAAAAACAUUAAUGCCGCUUGUAAUUGGUUGAUGUUCUGCGUCAUGUUCCUCACCACUCAUUGUGUUUUUGUCUUACACUCUGCCCCCGCCCUCUCAUCUCAUCAGUGAAUACCGCCAUUUCAUCCCCUGAAACCCACCACUCCUGGAAGAUAAUAUCUCUGAAAUGUGUUGUGAUAUUUGACUUUAAAUUAUGUACUGGGAUCUUACAUGUUCCAUAGCCCAAAGAAUGUUGUAUGUGUGAUUAGAAUUUAAUAAAGUGAAUAGCAUAUGU